AUGGCUGCCGGCGACGACGACUUUGGGCCGAAGCUGCCUGGCUACUUUGACUUUACUCUCGUCUUUGAGCAGAGCCUGUUUUCGCUUCUACCUGCCAGUGUAUUCAUACUCGCCGCGCCGUAUCGCAUCUUUCAGCUGUGGAAGAGACAGACGUGCGUCGGCUCACGCAAGCUAUUAAUUGCCAAACUGGGAACGGCUGGGGUUCUCGUCGCACUGCAAAUCGCCGUUUUGGCCUUGUGGAGUCUUCCAUCGACGACCAAGGCCAAGACAUCCAUCCCAGAGGGUGUCAUCGGCGUCCUCGAGAGCAUCGCCAUUCUCGCGCUCUCUUUUUUCGAGCACAAUCGCUCGCCGAGCCAGUCUUUUCUCCUCAACAUCUACCUCCUCGUCAGCAGCAUUCUCGACGUUGCCUCGAUCCGGACAGCAUGGAUCCGCGCCCAGCAGCCACCGCUGGCGGGCGUCCUCACGGCCGCCUUUGCGUUGCGCCUGUGUCUCCUGGCGCUCGAGGAGACGCCCAAAACGAUCCUCGCGGGCGAAAAGGCGCAGUCGCGGGAGACGCGCGCCGGCUUCAUCAGCCGCAGCGUUUUUUGGUGGCUCAACGGCUUCCUGACCCUUGGCUACAAGUCCCUGCUGGACGUCAACCACAUCGGCCCCAUUGCGCCCAAGUUUGACUCGCGAGACUUGCGCCAAAAGCUCGAAAUGGUGUGGGAUGCGGAUGACAAAAAAAGCAACAGCAGCUUGCUCAAGUGUACCUUUCUCGCUUACAAGGCCCAAUUCGCCGCAGGCAUUGUUCCCAGGUUGCUCUACAGCGGCUUCACCCUGUCCCAGCCCUUUCUCAUCAACUCAGUCGUUGGUUAUAUUGCGCAAGGCGACAAGAGAGAAAGAAAGGAAGGCGCCAGUCUCAUUGGCGCCACGAUUCUCCUAUACAUAGGUCUCGCUGUGAGCCACGCCUGGUAUCGCCAUGCGACGUACCAGCUCCUUACCAUGUAUCGUGGCGGUCUUGUCGCUCUCGUAUUCAAAAAGACGCUCGAGAUUGAAAGCUCGGGGAUUCGCGACAUGGCUCCCGUCACACUCAUGAGCACCGACGUUGAGGGAAUCGCGGUAGGGGGAGCCGUCAUUCACGACAUCUGGGCUGCCUUUAUCGAACUUCCUCUGGCGCUUUUUCUACUGUACCGACAGGUUGGCGUUCCCAGUCUCUUCAUUUUGAUUCCCGCCCUUCUGACCACUGUUUGCGCCGCUGUCAUCGCGCCAAAGCUGGGGCCAGCCAGGGUGCUGUGGAAUGCUGCCAUCCAGCAGCGGGUUGGUGAUACUUCCAACAUGCUCAGUCAAAUCAAGGGCGUCAAGAUGAUGGGUCUGACCGACUUCUUUUUGGAUCGUCUUCAGGAGCUGAGGGCCCAUGAGCUGAGGCUCUCGGUCAAGUUCCGCUGGAUUCAGGUCUAUCUACACGGUCUUGCAACGGCCUCGACGUCCAUCACUCCAGUCAUUGUCAUUCUUGCUGCUAUAUUUUGGACAAAGGCCGACGAGGGCCUCAGUGUGGCUACCGCUUUUACCUCUCUCUCCAUCGUUACCAUUGCAGCAAAUCCCAUCAUGACUCUCCUCGUCUCCAUGAUGCAGCUCUUUGGUAUCGUGGGUAGUUUUACCCGUCUUCAGAGCUUCCUGCUGUCCGAAGUCCGCAAAGACCCUCGUUGCUUGCCACACAAGUCUGAAAAGUCUUCGAUUUCCCUUUCCACUCACGAUCAGAUCGCACUCCUCGACAAUUCCUCGCCAGGCGUCGAAAUGGCGUCCAUGUCUGCUCGGGAACCAUCAGAGACUGUCAUCAAAUUCAAGAAUGCGACUUUUUCUAUUGGCGGCAAAAAGGGCGUGCUUCGCGACAUUUCCAUGGAAGUCCGUCGUGGCACGCUCUCUAUGGUAGUGGGUCGUGUUGGAUGCGGCAAGUCGUCAUUCGUCAAGGCCAUGAUUGGUGAAUUGCCAAUUGAUUCUGGUUCCUUAGACUCUGACUCCCAGUAUGCCGCCUACUGCGACCAAACACCAUGGGUACUGAAUGUCACUGUCGAAGAGAACAUCGUUGGUCAGUCCCAGUACGAUGAAGAAUGGUUCCAAACGGUUGUCGCUGCCUGUGGUCUUGACGAAGACCUCGCGGCGUUUGCAAAUGGUCAGCAGACGCUCGUAGGAUCGGGAGGUGUCGCACUUAGUGGCGGGCAAAAGCAGAGAGUCGCCCUUGCUCGCGCCGUCUUUUCUCGAAAAGACUUCAUCGUGCUCGACGAUGUCUUCAGUGGUCUCGACAACAAGACUUCCAAGGCAGUCUUUACUCGUUUGCUCAGUAGCGAUGGCCUGCUUCGCAAAAACGGCCAGACCAUUGUCUUGGCUACGAACAAUGUCAACUUUCUGACGGCUGCUGAUUGCAUCACCAUGAUUGAGGAUGGCUGCAUUGUGCGCAAUCAAGUUCCCUACAGUGCAUUUGAUCCUUCUGAAUGGGGUGUUCUGGAGGAGGAUACUGACUCAACUGAUGCCGUCUCCGACGUCCCUGUAGAGCGGGUGAAAUCCGAAAAGCCGCUCCGGCGAGCCGAGCUCGACAUUGAGGAGAAGACGAAGCAGGUUGAGAACGAGUUGAGCCGCCAAACUGGCGACAUUGAUUGUUACAAAAUUUAUCUCAAAUCUCUGGGCAUGUCCGUCGUAGUCGUCACUGCCGUCUUGGUCUGUGUCAGUGUUGGCAUUGAAAAGAUGCCUCAGAUUUGGCUCCGUCUUUGGACCGAGAGAGGUACCAACACGAACAGGCUCAGCUACAUGGGAGGCUACGUGGCCUUUGCCAUCCUAGCAUCAUUCUUCCAGCUCAUGGUUAUCGCGUACUUCUUCAUCGUGGGCAUUCCAAGAUCCGCCAAUCGCCUACACACCAUUCUGCUCAAGGCCGUGAUGCGUGCACCUCUGCAUUUUUUCACGUCUACAGAUAAUGGCAUCACCCUGAACCGAUUCAGUCAAGAUAUGAGUCUCAUUGACCAGGCCUUGCCAAUGGCAUUUGCGGGAACCAUCAUUCUAGUUGCACAGGCUGUUGCCGACACCGCCGUCAUCGCCUCUGGAGCGUCUUAUGUGGGAGUGAUUAUUCCCUUUGGCCUUGUUGCCGUCUAUAUGAUUCAGCGAUAUUAUCUGCGCACCUCUCGUCAAAUUCGAUUCCUUGAUUUAGAAUUAAAAUCCCCGUUGUACACGCAGUUUACGGAAACCGUCGCCGGUCUUUCGACAAUUCGCGCCUUUGGCUGGGCUCGCGCCACCAAAGCUGAAAACUACCAGCGCCUCAACACGUCGCAAAAGCCGUACUACAUGAUGUUCUGCAUCCAGCGCUGGCUGCAAGUAGUUUUGGAUCUGUUCUCCGCAGGUAUGGCGUUGGUACUCGUCAUUUUCGCCGUCGUUCUGCCCUCUUCAACAUCUGGAGGUGCCAUUGGUCUGGCCCUGGUCAAUGUCAUUAGCUUCAACUUCACUCUUUCCAGCGUCAUCAUGGCCUGGACGCAGCUUGAGACCUCGCUUGGUGCCAUUGCCAGAUUGAAGUGGUUCAAUCAGUAUACUCCGAACGAGAACAAGUCAGAGGAAACGGAGAAACCCAGCGCGGACUGGCCCUCCCAAGGACGCAUCGAGCUAGAGGAUGUGGUCGCUGCUUACAGCGACGACGGUGAGGAUAUUCUUCGCGGUGUCACCUUGACCAUUGAGCCUGGAACGAAGGUCGGCGUCUGUGGACGUUCUGGAAGUGGCAAAUCCUCUCUCAUCGCUGCUCUGUCACGACUCCUGGAGCUCCGCGGCGGCACCAUGCGCAUCGACAGUGUCGAUCUGGCAACGCUUCCCCGACAAGAUAUUCGCUCCAAGCUCUCCGCCUUUCCUCAGGAUGCCUUCCAACUUCCCGGCACAGUGCGUCACAAUCUGGACCCCGAGGGCAAGAUCCAAGCCGACGAGCUGCUCAUUCAAGCUCUCACCAAGGCAGCCAUCUGGCCUUUUCUUGAGUCGCGCGGCGGCCUAGACGCCAAGCUCGAGGAUUUGAGCUUGUCGGCCGGUCAGCUUCAGUUGUUUUGCCUGGCGCGCAUUUCGCUUCGACGUGAAAGUAGCUCGGGUGGUGGUGUUGUGCUCCUGGACGAGGCGACCAGCAGCGUGGAUACACGCACUGACGACGAGGUGCGCGCGGCGCUUCGGUCUGACCUUGAUGGUAAGACCGUGGUGGAGGUGGCGCAUCGUCUGGAGAUUGUGCGACACUACGACGUGAUUGUUGUCAUGGCUGGCGGCAAGGUUGCCGAGGUGGGUAACCCUGAUGACUUGCUCGCGAUGCCGGGCUCGGAGUUUCAAGCUCUGUGGAACAGCAGAAGCUUAUAA